AUGGCUUUGGCUGCUCGAUCACCCUCUGACGGCCUGCUAGCCGGCAAAUCUGCCGGCCGGCGCGCUCUGCCGGUGCUCCGUCAGGCCCCCGUUUCGCUCCUCUGCGCCGUCGACUCCGCCGCGUCCAAGCGAGCGGGCUUCCACGAAGCUUCUAACUCCGCGGUUUUCAAGGCCAAAACGAGCCUAUCAGCGGCGGACUUGCUCAUGCUUCUCAGCCCCACGGUAGCAAGCUCCGCGAAUAUCGGUGCGAUCAACGGCGGACCGUACGCGUGCCGCGAGUGCUCCAACAAGUUCCCGUCGCUACACUCUCUUGACUUCCACUACCAGACUUACCACAGUAAGGACAAGAAAAGCCGCCUGCCGGUUGGCCACCCGGUGGGCGGCAGCAACGACAGCGAGGAACCUGCCGGAAGCGGCUCCGCCGCGCCGAGCAAAAGCGGCACGCCGCCGCCCCCGCGGGUUGCGAGCCGUCGGGCGCACGUCGCGGCGUCGCAAGAAACUCUGGAGGAAUCUGGAAGCGCCGCCAGCGCUGCGGCGGCGUCGCAGAGCCAGGGACGAUCGCCAUCGUUGUCGCCGUCGCCGUCCGCGACGACGAUUCCGUUGUCUGGCGCCGGCGAAGAUGUCGCCGCCGCAGGUGCGAUGGCUGCGGCGACGGGUGCUGCGAAGACAUUGUCGCAGCAGCGGCGUGGCGCGAAACGAAACCGCGCCGACAGCCAGCCUGGCGGGGCGAACCCGUCGGCACCUGCCUCGAAACGGGGCGGCAGGCGCUGCGGCGGUGCUGCUUCUGAGAAGUUUCCUGGGCGCGUGACGGAGCUCGGCGGCUGCGCCGCAGGGGCUCAGAUCGCGACAAUGGAUGCCGGCCGAGCAGAGUCAAUUAAAGUGGAGUCGCAGCGACUCGGACGCCCCAGAAUCGCGGGGAAGAAGUGGCAACCGCCGAGUGUUCUUGUAACGAGCGGUGCUGAUAAGUCUGUGGGUGACGUCGGUCGCGACGGAGGCGCGCUCACUCCGUCGGACACGUCAGCUUUGCAGCCACGUCGGAUCGGCGCGCUCGCAGGGUCCUGCCUGACCCUGACGGAUCGAAUGAACUCGCUGACGUCAUCACUGACGGACCUGACGGCCGCCGGAAGCAAUCCCGUCAGCCCCACGACCCCUACCACCGUGCCGUUGUUCGGGGGAGCUUCUGGCGGCGCCGCGAAUGGCGGCGGAGUUGGCGCCGUGCAUGGCGGCGGUUUCAAUGGGAAGGCUGCAGCGCAGGCGUCUCAGCUCCAGCAGCUGAUGGCUCUGGUGGUAACCAAUGCUACUUCUGGCGCGCCUGGUGCCGAUUCCCCGUCGUUUCCUGCUCUGGCUCGUGCUGACGGGAGGCAGGGACCUGGUGACGUGGCAGGAAGCCAGCUCAGCAUGCUGGUGGCUGUGCUGGCAUCAAGGCUUGGCGCCCAUCCUAGCAGCGCGCAAGAAGCUGCUGGAGGAGGGGAAGGCAGAAGCGGGAGUGGCGGUGCCGUCUGUACUUUCUCUGCUCAUUCCCCCUCCUUCCGCCCCCUCGUCUCCCCCCUUUCCCUUCCCUCCCACCAGGCGCCCAUCCUAGCAGCGCGCAAGAAGCUGCUGGAGGAGGGGAAGGCGGCGGCAGGAGAGCGAGCUUCAUUCACUCCAGUCCUUUUUUCCGCCUUCCUCCCCCCUUCCCCUUCCGCCCCCUUCCCCCCUGAACCCUCCCCCAGGCGCCCAUCCUAG